GACGUCAUUGUACUAAAAUAUGAAUCUUUCACGAAUGCUGUCAAAACAAAAGGCAGAGCAGAAUUUUUAUUUUGAUUGUUUGUUUCGCAGUGAUACGCAAAAAUGUCGCAAAUUUCGUCAAAUUUGCUCAGAAAUACCGUUCAAAAUGGGAAAUUUGGUUGCCUAAAGAACUCCAUCCAGUGCAAACACACCGCGGCCAAUCCGUUGGAGAAGAUCCGCGAGCGACUCGAAAGUGGACCCAGUUUCCAGGAUUUCGUUCAGAAUCCCUCGUACAACCGGGAUGACUGGACCGACUACGAAGGAAAAUUGCGGCGGGAGAAGGGCGAAAACGAUCGGCUGCGGUUGCCACCCUGGCUAAAAACGAAGAUUCCGAUGGGGAAGAAUUUUAGCCGCAUCAAGGAUCAGCUCAGGGAGCUCAAGUUGGCCACCGUGUGCGAGGAGGCCAAGUGCCCCAAUAUUGGCGAAUGCUGGGGCGGAGGAGAGCACGGAACGCAGACGGCGACCAUUAUGCUUAUGGGUGACACUUGUACGCGAGGUUGUCGCUUCUGCAGCGUGAAAACGGCACGAGUGCCGCCUCCCCUCGAUCCUGCGGAACCAACAAAUACCGCCUCGGCUAUCGCUUCCUGGGGUCUGGACUAUAUCGUGCUCACAUCGGUGGAUCGCGAUGACUUGCCCGAUGGAGGAUCGAAUCACAUUGCGGCGACGAUCAGGGAAAUAAAACGACAAAAUCCCCGCAUCUUUGUGGAAUGCUUGGCGCCGGAUUUCCGUGGAGAUUUGGAAUGCGUUAAGGUAGUUGCGCAAUCCGGCUUGGACGUGUAUGCCCACAAUAUCGAAACGGUUGAAGCCCUGACGCCAUUUGUGAGGGAUCGACGAGCACGCUAUCGUCAAAGUUUGGAUGUACUGCGAAGCAUCAAAGAAAUCAACCCCAGCAUGAUUACGAAGACUUCGAUUAUGUUGGGGUUGGGCGAGACGGACGAACAAAUCGAACAGACCAUGAAAGAUCUUCGUUCGGUUGGUGUCGACUGUCUCACCCUGGGCCAGUACAUGCAGCCCACCAAGCGCCACCUGAAGGUAAUCGAGUACGUUACGCCGGAAAAGUUCAAACACUGGGAAACACGUGGCAACGAGCUGGGAUUCCUGUACACGGCUAGCGGUCCGUUGGUGCGCAGUUCGUACAAGGCGGGCGAAUUUUUCAUCACCAGCAUUCUCAAGAACCGGGCCGAAGAGGCCGAGAGACGCAAGGAGGCAGCGGGUGGGCAGGACACAAAAACGGAACAGACAUAGGUGAAGUGACGUCAUCGAGAUGGAACAUGGCACGUCUAAAAAAGCAGAAUAGUCAAAGCUUUUGAAAUAAGUCCUUCGUGGAAGAGGAUCGAUCAGAAAGAAAGAAAUAUUUACUGCUGCGUAUAGGUAUUUACCUAUAAAAAAAGCCUUAAAGGUGAAUUAGUUGUUUUUGUUGAAGCUUGAAAAAUGAAUCUAGGAAAAUAGAAAAUAUAUUAUGUAAAUACAAAUAUUUUAAUAAAUGUCUGCUAUUGUGUCUUAGUAACAUAGGAGCUACCCAUUGGAUUCGUGAA